GUGAAGUGGAGUGCCUGUUGUUGAUGUGGCAGGUCCACUCCCCCAGCACCUGCAGCGCCUCCGUCACCCCCAAGACUCCUGUACCAGCACCACCACCACCUCCACACCUCCUGGUGCCACCAUACAGCCUGCCAGUCCUGCCAGGGACACCAUCAUACUGCCAGGGGGCACACCAAGACACGCCAUCUCUGAGUGCUGGUCAGAACGUCGCGGUCCUCUGGGAGUUAACUCUCACGUCUUGCCCACAGGAUAUGUAUGGAGGUCCAUAACAAACUACAGUAAUUAAACUCUGACUCAAAUCCCAGCUACUAGUGGUGUUGAGCUACCCAUGACUGCUACUCCUAUUUUGCUGGGGCCUUGAUGGGCCUUUCCUGACCGCUGGUACUGUAGUUAAGACUUUUUGAAGCUGGGCAUCUGACACUUGUUUCUCAGUGAUACACAGUUUGGGUUGCCACCACAGCAGAAACAUGGCAGGUGCCGCAGGGAAUAACACGUCGAACAACUUGAGGGAGUUGGUGAUUGGAGGUGGUAUUACUCUUCCCUUGGUGGGCCACGUCAGCAUCAUGGAAACGUUCAUUUACGGUUCCUUCACGGUACUUGCCCUUGUGGCAUUGGUGUUUCAUUUCUUUGCUAUGAAAACAAAGAGUCAGAUUUCAUCAGCCAAUAAUCCACAUUUUAAAAGGUUUCAGUACUCUUUCUUUUUGGUGUAUUUUAUGGCAUUAUUUUCCGACUGGCUGCAGGGACCAUAUGUAUACAAGCUUUAUGAACAUUAUGGAUAUGCCAGCAACCAAAUAGCUCUUUUGUAUGUAGUUGGCUUUGCUAGUAGUGUCAUUUUUGGAACCACCACGGGACCUUUGGCUGAUAGAUUUGGAAGAAAGAAGAUGGCCCUCAUUUUCUGCAUUAUGUAUUCAUUUUGUUGCCUUACAAAGCUCAGUUCAAAAUUUUUCUGGCUUUUCCUGGGUAGAGUGUUUGGCGGAAUCUCAACAUCUAUGCUAUUUUCUACCUUUGAAUCUUGGUAUGUAUAUGAGCACACAGAAACUCACGAUUUUCCUAAUGAAUGGCUGUCGGUAACAUUUUCAAAGGCAACGUUCUGGAAUGGUGUGCUUGCAAUUAAUGCUGGAGUAUUUUCAAACAUAUUUGCUGAAACACUUGGCUAUGGACCAGUUGCUCCUUUUAUGUUAGCAAUUCCAUUCUUAUUUGUAGCCGGUUUUGUUAUACUUAAAACCUGGAAAGAAAAUUACGGUAAUCAAACUCUUGACCUUCGUAGAUCGUGUAUGGAUGGUCUUCGAUCAAUAUUAUUUAAAGAGGUGAUCCUUUAUCUGGGCGUUGUACAAUCUUUAUUUGAAGCCAACAUGUAUAUCUUUGUGUUUCAGUGGACUCCAAUCUUAGGACCUGGCCAUCCUCCACUUGGCAUGGUUUUUGCCAGUUUUAUGGUAUGCAUUAUGAUUGGCUCAUCCCUUUAUGCUUUACUUCUGUCAAAGAAAUUCCAAGCUGAGCAGUUACUGAUGAUGGCUGUGUUUUUAGCAAUCAUGGCUAUGUCUAUCUGCAUCUAUUCUACCAAUGGAAACCAUCUUUAUCUAUCGUUUGUAGCCUUCCUUAUUUUGGAAGUAGCUGUGGGCAUGUAUUUCCCAGCCAUUGGCUACUUACGAUCUCAAGUUAUUCCAGAAGAAUUGAGAGCUGGCAUCAUGAAUUGGUUUAGAGUUCCGACAAAUGUUAUCACCUGUGCUGGUUUGCUGUUAGUGCACAAUAACACCCUCAUUAGUUCAACUCAUACAAUGUUUGCGAUAUGCACAGGUAUGUUGACCAUUGCACUGCUCAGUAACUAUAAGUUUAUUGCACUUUUCAAUUCAUCCAAAGUUACCUUGCCUGAGAAUGAAGAUAAGGUACCAUUAACAAAAGCUGAAUCUUAGUCCUAUUUUGGAUAUGCUUGCGUGCAAUUGUUCACUUAUGUAUUCUGUGUGUGUGUGUGAUUGCCUCAAUAUCUACUUUUCAGUACUGUUCAUAUAUAUAUUUUUUGCUAUUUUGGUUAAAAAUAUGAUUUAUGAAGCUUGUGUUGUACAUAAUGUCAGUGUAUCAGAACCUCAUGAAGUAGGUCUUUUGCAGUGAUCAGAGAUAUUGUAUAUUGUCUCAGUAGUGUAUAUACAGGGCAGGUACUUCAUGCAUACAUGGCAAGGGGUUUAAGAUCAUUCCAAUAUUUGUGUACAGAUGCAAAGUAUUGAAUUUUCAUUGUCCGGAAAAAGUAUGGUUUGUUGCAACAUGUUGGUUAACACAAAUGAGAAGUCCUAUAACUUCUUGAUUUUUCUAUGAUGAAUCCAACAGCAUAAAGGGACAUAAUUGUAAAAUGAUUGGUGAAUCAUAUUUGGGGAAAUGUAUGUAAAAAGAAAUGUAUUAGGAUUGGUAUAAGCUCUUAAAAUUGGCAUUUAACCUGGAAGAGCAAUAGUGUAAGUGUGUACAAAAUGUGUAUCUUGUUGGGUUUUGUUUGUUAUACCUUGAGGUUACCUUGAGGUGCUUCCGGGGCUUAGCGUCCCCGUGGCCCGGUCGUCGACCAGGCCUCCUGGUUGCUGGACUGAUCAACCAGGCUGUUGGACGCGGCUGCUCGCAGCCUGACGUAUGAGUCACAGCCUGGUUGAUCCAACAGCAUGAUGUCAUAAUAAUCAUACAUGGUCUGGUUCUGGCAUCCUGUGAUCAUGAGGUCGGGUGUAUUAAUGUUAACAAUUAAUACAUGGAAAGGGGCUUUCUAGUGAUUUGCUUAAAAGUGAUGGGAAGGUAGAAAUCAGUAUUUGUGAUAGUUUUGUAAUUACCGUCAAUGUUUUAUACUGUAGUUGAAUUUACAAAUGAAACAUUUGUAUGUUUGUAUUUAAAUUAUUAAUUUUUCCACUUAUUUAAUGGAACCAUGUUUGGACUCUCUAAUUAAUUAUAUAUAUAUAUAUAUAUAUAUAUAUA